CUGUCCGACCAAAUGUUUACGUCUUGCUAGGUCUUAAAUGAGAUCUUCAUGCUACACCUGAUUAUUACACAUUUCGGAGGCGUCAUAAUAUUUUAUUUCAGGGCGUGCUGUGAAGGAGUCGGGGGGGUAGUUUCUUGUUUAUCGUAACUUGGCCACUUCAACAGUUUUGGAGACAGCAAUAGACAGACCGGCUGAACAGACAGCCCGAGUCCCUGUGGGCCCACGUCAUUUCCCCUGGUGCUCCCGGUCCGUUCCCCACACAGGAGGCGGCUGUAGUGCUGUGUGGGUGCAACCUACUCUGUGGCCCUAGUACCUGUUAGCAGAGCAUGUAGGAGACGGAUUUACAACAACAAUAAACGGCUAGAACCCCGAUGUAUACAUCUAUCAAGAGCCGAAGAACGACGCCGAGUGCCUGACCAACAUCAAGGAGUUCCUCAAGGGCUGCACGUCGUUUCGCGUCGAGCCAUUUGAGGCCAGUGAUCUGCUGCUGGGACUGAACUUCACAAAGGUGCUGAGCAGUCUGGUUACCCUCAACAAAGUAACUGCGGACAUCGGCGUGGGUAGUGACUCGGUGUGCGCACGCCACUCCUCGGCACACCGGAUCAAGUCUUUUGAGUCUCUGUCAUCGCAAACCUCCCUGGGCCGUUCCUCCAAGCUGCUGCAGAACCAGUUCAGGAGUCUGGACAUGUCGGAGAACAGCGGGCAGCAGGUGCUGGUGAAGGCGCGCUUCAACUUCGAGCAGACCAACGAAGACGAGCUCACCUUCAACAAGGGCGACAUCAUCGGGGUGACCCGCCAGGAGGAUGGCGGCUGGUGGGAGGGCAUGCUGAACGGCAGGACGGGCUGGUUCCCUAGCAACUAUGUGCGCGAGCUCAAAGGAUGCGACAAACAAGUUUCCCCUAAGUCUGGGACCCUGAAGAGCCCCCCGAAAGGCUUCGACACGACGGCCAUCAGCAAGACCUACUACAACCUGGUUUUACAGAACAUUCUAGAAACAGAAACAGAGUAUUCUAAAGACCUCCAGGUCUUGCUGACCAACUACCUGCGCUCGCUCCAGAGUACAGACAAAAUGAGCAGUUUAGAUGUUGCUCUGAUUUUGGGGAACCUGGAGGAGAUCAGCACUUUCCAGCAGAUGCUCGUACAAUCGCUGGAGGAGUGCACCAAGUUGCCGGAACACCAGCAGAGGGUAGGCGGGUUCUUCCUCAACCUCAUGCCCCAGAUGAAGGCUCUGUACACAGGGUACUGCUCUAACCACCCCUCUGCAGUCAAUGUCCUCACACAGCACAGUGAAGCUCUGGGAGAGUUCAUGGAGGGCAGGGGAGCCGUGAGCCCCGGCAUCCUCACCCUCACCACGGGCCUCAGCAAGCCCUUCAUGAGGCUGGACAGGUACCCCAACCUGCUGAAGGAGCUGGAGAGGCACAUGGAGGAAAGCCACCCUGACAGACCGGACAUCCAGAAGUGCAUGGCAACAUUUAAGAACCUCUCUGCCCAGUGCCAGGAGGUGAGGAAGCGUAAGGAGCUGGAGCUGCAGAUCCUGACGGAGGCCAUCCGCCUGUGGGAGGGGGACGACAUCCGGACCCUGGGCUCGGUGCUCUACAUGAGCCAGGCCAUGGUCCACAGUCCUGGGGCCGAAGAGAAGUGCGAGCGCUACCUCAUGCUCUUCCCCCACGUGCUCCUGCUGCUGUCCGCCAGCCCCAGGAUGAGCGGCUUCAUAUUCCAGGGUAAACUCCCGUUGACCGGCAUGACAAUGACCAAACUGGAAGACUGUGAAGCCCAUAAGAAUGCCUUUGAGCUCAGCGGCACCAUGUUCGAGCGCAUCCAGGUGGUGUGCAACAACCAGCAGGACCUCCAGGACUGGGUGGGGCACCUGACCCGCCAGACCAAGCACACCGCGGCCACCGGGCCCAGCCACAAACCCCUCAACAUGCCCUGUCACACGCUCCCGUCUCACCCACUGACCCCCUCCCGGCAUGCCGAGGGGCGGGCCAUGACGGUGGCCCCAGCCUAUCACACCCUUCCACACCCCUCCUCUCACGGGACGUCUCACAGCACCCUGAUGUGGGGCCCCCUGGAGCCUCCAAACACCCCCAAGCCCUGGAGCCUGAGCUGCCUGCGGCCUGCCCCCCCGCUGAGGCCCUCGGCGGCCCUCUGCUACAAGGAGGACCUCAGUAAGAGUCCAAAGAGUGUGAAGAAGCUCCUUCCAAAGCGUAAGCCUGAGAGGAAGCAGUCUGAAGAGGAGUUUGCCGUGAGGAAAAGUACAGCAGCACUGGAGGAGGAUGCUCAGAUUCUCAAGGUCAUCGAGGCGUACUGCACUAGCGCCAAGACCAGACAGACUCUCAACUCCAGGCUCAGGAAGGACUCCGGGCUACAGGUAAUCAUCCCCGGGGAGGACAAGGUCCUGCUGGAGGAUCCCAGCCGCAACGGGCAAACAACAAUGGAGGAGAAAAGUCUUGUGGAUGUGGUGUACGCCCUGAGAGAUGAGGUCCAGGAGCUGAAGCAGGACAAUAAGAAGAUGAAGAGGUCACUUGAAGAAGAGCAGCGAGCUCGGAAGGAUCUGGAAAAGGUUGUGAGGCGUGUGCUGAAGACCAUGAAUGACCCGACAUGGGAUGAGACCAACCUAUGAGGCUGAUGGUGACCGUGUGCCCUAAGCUCAAGCUUUGUGUGUGCGAGUUCUUUGAAGUGCAAACCAAACAUGAGACAGUUAUUGGCAAGCAAACGUGGAUGUGCAAGGAGCUCUCCUGGAGAGUGUUUGCGUCCGCCAACGAAUGAAAAAAAAACUGCGAUAUUUGUGGGUGUGUGCACACAGGAGGUCAAUAGGUGUCCCAGUGUUCGAACCAUUCUGGGACGGAGAGGUUAGGGGAUUUCCUGGGGGUUCAGCAGCUGAAACCACACCAUCCAUUCCUGGUUAACAUUCCUCCACCACCAAAUUAAUAGGGAAAACGGUUCUGUCCCAGACCCGUGGUCACAGUGAGGAGGUUCAUCCUAAGGCCGACACCUUGGCAUGAGCAGCAGCGGUACGAGCUGCAUGUCGAUCGGGCCGCCCCGCGCAAUCAUACGACUUCAUGUUUACAAGUAACGAGCAAUACAUCUAAAGGUACUUCUACUAGUACUGUACUGACACUACGUGUAGUAAUGCCUCCGACAAGUCUGAACUGGAAUCUCAUUUCAAAACCUCUAGUGUUAUUUAAUUUUUUAUAUCUGGGCCCAUCUUAUGACCUGGACUGCCUUGCUUUUUUAAACUGGAGUUGGGCUUGACUUGGGCCAGGAGAGCUUCCAGUCUCUGUACCAUUUCCAUGUCCAUUCAUUUGUUAUGUCUUGUUUUUGUGUUAUUUACCUAUUGUCCUCGCCUCGGUGUGGCUUGGCCCCUUGCUGCCUAUCCACCUGUUUUUAAUGGAUGACGUAGGGAAACUGUACAGGUAACAAACAUGUGCUGUAUGAUGUAAAUACUGCUGAGAGACGAGCCUUUGCCCUUUGGGAGAAAUAAAUGAUUUUUAAUGAGUAGAAUGGCUCUUAAGAUGUGUGCUUAUAUUCUUAGCUAAUUUCUGUUCAACAUAACCACUAAACAAAACCAGCCAGUUGAAGCUUAUACUUAACAUUGCGUCCCACUAUUCAUGACAUUGAACAACACGUUUACUUGAACAGCCUGUAAUGCCAGGGUGAGAAGGAGACAUGUUUUAAGUGUAUGUGUGAAGACACAAGAUAAAGAUAAUAGAACUUUAAUUAACUCAAGCCCUCGCUUAGUGUUGAGUUAUUCGAUGAGGGGUUAAAGCCAAGAAGUGCAUGAUGUUCCUUUUUUCA